UGCCAUUGAGGCUUAUUACAGGCUUGCUGCUGUUCGGGUAGACAGGAAAUGUUACACCAUUUUAUUUGGUUCCGGCAGUUUUGCAGGCACAUGUUAGUAUGGCCAUCAAUGGGGAAUUAUGUGUUAUUUGGCGUUUUCUGCCAUGUAUUCAUCUAUGACAUAGCUUCAUUGGGAUGGAUGAGAUAUAAAACGUGUUUCUCUGUAUCUUCUCUAUCGCAAUGUACGGAAUCUUCUACUUACAGCAAACACAAUCGACCUUUAUUAGAAGUGAAGUAUUGAUGUGUGUUGGAGAAAUAUUGGGGUUUGUACAAGGAAAUAUUGCAGGAAAUUGUAACUUACAAUUGCUCUGAGCAGCUGAGUUUUGAUUAAGACGUCACAUGUACAUUAUGUUUGUUUCGUUAGAGAUUAUAUGAUUUAUAGAUUUUCCUUAUAGUUUUCACAGAAUACCAGGAAACUUGAUUGGCAAUAACAUCCCAUACACCUAAUCUCCAUUUUUUGGCGUUACGAAACAACUGCAAUUCAGAUAAAAUUGACUUUGCAUGUUGUAUAAGGGCUAGGUCACGCGAUUUUUUAAUUCAUAGUCAUUUACCACGGGGGUUUAUAAUGAAAUGCAUAAAUGAUUCUCUACCCUCGUAUGCAGUGUUUAUAAAUGACUCUGUACAAAUCGAUUUUUUGCUAGUAAAGGCAAUGACGGCUAUAUGUUAUACUGACAGGUACAUAAAAACUCGCAAGUGCGUGGUCACAGCAAAAAAUUAGCAUCAACAUAGUGUAACGCAACAGCGUCUUAUUUAGUAGGCCAUUUCUAGGGACAAGGACAACCAAAGCCAGUGCUGAUGGGUUAACAGCGUCCCGGAAACUCCUCCAGUGCGGUACGUUGUCUUAUUUAAUCAACCGAUGACUUGUUAGUCAAAUAUACGCUUUUAAUCAUUGAUUCCCUCCGCCGAAGCAUGUGUAGAGGGCAGGCCGAGUCGUAACACUGAGGCCACUCAGCAGGUAAGAAAACGGAGUACUUUAGGCUGGCGUCCGUCGUUCACGCUUCGUGGCUUUCAGAGGAAGAGCCCAAAUUGUCAUCAGUGAGUUAGGUCUUACUCAGCCCUUCGCCUACCUCCCUCCGCCAUAAGCCGCACCACCUUCGAGUCACCCCGCAGACCGAUACAGACACGAAGGCGGCUCGGGUAUGAUAUAUGAGAUGAACGAGUGAUCAACUCGGACAUAAUCACCGACGGCUAAUGAAAAAAUAACAAUUUACCAGGGUUGACCCUUGGACCUUGUGGAUGAGAAAAAAGGAUGAGAUAAUAGGAAAGAAUAACCGCUACGCGGGGGUGGAACCGUUCCUAUGCCAACAAAAGGAUUGUAGGUCUAUCACCUCUUUCUAUUUGCAAAGGGGGCGAUCGUCACGGUCACAAACACAUUGAAACCUCGUCUUCCUCUGUAGAAAAUGACUAACUGCCGCAUACCAGUUUCUUUGUCAGUGAAAAGGUGAAAAAGUGUGAAACCCAAAGGUACUGAGAAAACAUGGAGCUACUGACAAUGUACAUGUUGACGGCGUCUGUAGUUUGCACCACAGGACUUGAUACCUCUCUUGGGGACGACAAGCAAACAUCUCCUGAACCUCUUUCCCGACCGUUUUCGGAGUGGUUCCAAGACACAAGGACUGCAAGAAGCUUUUUAAAAACAGGUUUCCCGAGACCCGCUAGUAGAUACAAGAGAAAUUUACAAGAGGAAUGCAAAGAGGGCUGCAGUGAUGAAGAGUUUAAAGAAGUAGGGAUACACGGAGAAUUCGUGUGUGAAUACAUGCGAAGACUAGUUUGCUCAAGGAGGAAAUGUAAUAGUGACGUGUGUGCCUAUGCUCCAGGGAGAAAGGAUUGCUCACAUUCAAAUAGACUCAAAAUUAAUUGUGCUGCUGGCCAGCAAGGAUCUUCUAACCUAGAUAACGAGCCACAAAAACAUUACCAGUUAGUAAUCAUUAUAGGAAUACCAGCGACACUGUCACUAGUCAUAAUAUGUGUGGUUGGGACGCUGUUGUGGCGGUAUCGUAAGCGAUACAACUUAGCAGACGAUACACAAAGACGGCGACAAGAGAACUGUGACACAGAGGACCAAGAGGCUUUAAAGUUUAAAAGUAGUUACUAUGACGACCAGCAGCCCCCGCCUUCAUACAGUGAAGUGACAAGGCAGCUUCAGCCGUCUGCGCCUAUUCUUGAGGAUUAUGAAAUAUGAAAUAUGAAACGUGACCAAAUAGAUGUGUGUGCUAUAUUCUGUCAAAAGUGUCAGGACGAGGUGUAGGUUUGCGUUUGGGGGGGGGAUACAAAAGACCCACCCCCACCCAAUAUAUUAUAGAACGGAACACGGGACUUUGGGGGUAUACUUUUUUAAAAUAUUAUUUAACGCCCCAAUUAUCGGUCAAAUACGCACAGAGCAAUGGCCACAUAGAUAACAGCUCGUGAAUGAUGACCGGACAAAGUGUCCCAUGAUCAGUUCUGGACGUUAUUGUCAACGUAACACUCCUGGGAUAGCUAGCACGUGCCUGGACGGGCGACACCCUGACACGAUCAUGUUGUUAAUGGGUUGUAGACCCAGGUUGUUUGUUGAAUUUGUUCCCAAAUAUGAACUGACUGUCAGCGAACAUGACAUAUCAGAAAUUAUCAGUGUAAGUCGAUCUGGGGUGAUAUAUACCCAUAUGAUUUUUUAAAUGAUUUUUACUUCAAGUUCACAUUUUAUGUGCCAAAGCCUUGCUAACGCACAGUGCUUCAAUGUGUCGAUCGAGUUAUUCUUCUCUUUAGACAGAUGAAGAUUCCACUUCAAAUAAACGAUGGCCUGGCCUUUCAUUUUGGUGUCAUGUAUCCUUUUAAGUACGUCACUGUCAAUCAUUUGUAUUUUGUCAUAGCUGCAUCGUUUGGCCAAAAGUAGAGAGAAUGAUUCUGGCCACUUAUGGACCAUUGGACCAUGUCCGGUGAGCUUGAAACCUCAAAGAAUUACUGUUAAAUUCCUACAUGGUUUCAUUACAAUUCAUAUAAAAAUCCCUUGAUGUGUUUGUUACCUCUCGGUCCGUGAAAAUGGUUUUAUGGACCUAUAGAUCGUCGUCUAUCUCCCUUAAAUCUCAAUGAAGCAGACAGGACUUUUCUACAUCAAAUAGAACAACGAUAGUGACUGCUGUUACUGCAAGACCUUUCGGUUUGAAAUUUCAAGUCAAUUUAAUAUGGAUUCAAAGCAGAUAUACCAAUUCUUGGUUUUUUUUUUAUUUAAUUGUUGAUUUAAGAAAAUAAAAUAUAGUCACAUAAUUUUAUGAACAAGUGAAUAAAUUGGUGGUAGGUGGGUGUGGGUUUGAAUAGGAGGAUCACGCAAACCACCAUAUACAUAAAUUGAUUUUGAUCUUACAAAGAGAAUUUUGUCCAAGCAGC